AUGGUAUCAUCCUACGAAUUCCGCCUCGGAGUCGACGUCGGCGGCACCUUUACUGACGUGUGCGUCUUCACUCCGAAUAAUGAGACAGUCCGCGCCAAAGUCCCCACCACGCCUAACCAAACGAUCGGGAUCAGACACGGGAUCGCGAAGGUGCGGCGCUUUCUCAAGGAACAGUAUGACUGGAAUGGGACAUUCAGGUUCAUUCAUCAUGGUACCACGACGGCGACGAAUGCCGUGUUGGAAGGCAAAGGAGCGCGGACUGCCUUGGUGGUCACGGCUGGGCAUAAAGAUAUUCUGGCUGUGAGACGGUCGCAAAUCCCUGGGGGUCUUGGGGCGUGGCUUUACUAUACCCCACCUGAGCCGCCGGUGCCGCUGGAGAGGGUGGUUCAGUGUGUGGAGAGGAUGUCGGUUGAUGGGGAGACGGUGGUGGAGGUUGAUGGAGAGAGGCUGAGAGGGGAUUUGCUGGAGUUAGUGGAGAGAGAGAGGCCGGAGGCGGUGGCGGUUUCGUUGCUGAGUUCGUAUAGGAAUCCUGCUCAUGAGGAGGCUGUUGCGAAGAUAAUUCGAGAGGUAUGUGGUCCGGGAGUGGCGGUCAAUUGCUCGAGUGAAGUGUUGCGGGAGGUGGGCGAGUAUGAGCGAACGGUCACGACCUGCACCAAUGCUUUGGUGAAGCCGGUGAUGCAGAAUUACUUGCGCGAGCUGUCCGAGCAGUUGGCGUCGGAGACAGAGGCGAUUCGGGUGUUGAAGAGUGAUGGUGGCUUGACGAGUGUCGGCCUGGCCGGCGAGUUCCCCGUGAAUAUCUUGAUGUCUGGGCCGGCUGGAGGAGCCAAAGGCGUGGCUGAUGCGGUCGCUCGAAGCACCCCGUACAAAAACCUUAUCACUCUCGACAUGGGAGGGACUUCGACGGACUGUGCGCUCAUUUUGGAGGGGAAGCCGCGUAUUCGUCGGGAUACUGUGGUCGAUACCCUAACGGUUCGUGCACCGGCAGUGGACAUUCAUACCGUUGGGGCUGGAGGUGGCUCAAUCGCAACAUAUAUGGAGGUCACUGAGACCUUGCGGGUCGGACCAGAGAGUUCUGGGGCAGCGCCAGGUCCAGCCUGUUAUGGAAAGGGAGGGACAGAAGCGACGGUGACCGAUGCAAAUCUCGUCCUGGGAUACCUACCCCAUAGCCUACUGGGUGGUGAAUUUUGCUUGGAUACAGAAGCAGCAAAGACCGCGGUUCAGAAACUUGCCACCACAAUGGGACUACCUCUGAGACAGACGGCAGAGGACAUAAUCAACAUUGUCAAUGAAACAAUGUAUGGUGCUGUUCGAUUGGUCUCUGUCGAACAGGGAUAUGAUCCAAGAGACUUUGCACUCGUUGCGUUUGGCGGUGCUGGGCCACUGCAUGCUAAUGCAGUAGGAAAGCUUCUAGGUGCAUGGCCAGUCAUCGUACCUCCGUCUCCAGGCAUCCUGUGUGCACAGGGCGAUCUGACAACCAAGUUGAGUCAUGAGCAGUCCGUCACCUUUACUCGGAUGGUGAGAGAUACCUCGUCGGAGGAACUGCGACAUCAGGUGGAAGAACUGGAAAAGCACUGCAAACAGAUAAUGCGAGACUCUUGUGGUUCGGACUGGCCUAUGCCAUUGGUUGCCACGUACGAGGUUGAUGUCCGAUACAAAGGGCAGGCCCUGACCAUCACAAUCAAUCUCUCGCACGACGAAAUCCAACUGAACGACCAGGCUUGGCGCCGUGUGCUACAAGACGCUUUCAACAAGAAGCAUCAGCAGCAGUUUGGCUACUGUCUUCCUGACUUUGAACUCGAGCUGAUGCGUAUUGGCGUGAUACUCGAGGAUGGCUCAUCAGAUGUGGAGCUGACAGUAGUCCCUAAAGCAGAAUCUAGCGAGCCUCCAUCCUCGGCCGUCAUUGGCACGCAGGUUAUUAUUAUCGAGGGCCGAGAACAGCUAGCGACAGUGUGGGAGCGAGAGAAAAUCACGCUCGAAGGUAUCCGGGUUACAGGACCCUGCAUCAUCACGGAAAUGGACAGCAACACACUGAUUCUUCCCGGCUAUUCAGGUGAGAUCGAUCGCCUUGGUAAUAUUCUCAUCCUGCCGAUUGCAGAGCAACCACCCCCAACGACGCAACAUACCUCGGAAACAGCAGCAGAAUUGAUGCGCAGUAAUCCGCUUAUCGCAACUCUGAUAUCCUCUUCACUGGCAUGCAUCCGUGGCGAAAUGGACAAAUUGAUACUCCGCUGCAGCAUGUCCCCUGCUAUCCGCGAGCAGCAAGAUGAAUUCAAUGUCAUCACAACUGCAGAGGGCAAGAUGCUUGUGGGUCAAUUCGGCAGCUUCAUCAAAGAGUUCCUUGGGGUGUGGACGGGAAGUAUCGAAGAAGGUGAUGUUUUCAUUACCAAUGACACAUACAUGGUCAAGGGGGCUGUUAGUCACUUGAACGAUGUGAUCAUCAUCCUUCCCAUCUUCCAUGAACAUCGGUUGAUCGGCUGGGCUUCUCAAUUCGGACACUUGACCGAUGUUGGAGGCAUGGUUCCGGGGAGCAUGUCCAUCAACGCCACCUCCAUCUAUGAUGAUGGAGUCCAGAUUCCAUGCAUCAAGCUCUACUCCCAAGGGGUGAUGAACAGCGACCUGGUUGAUCUGCUAUGUCGAAAUUCCCGCCAACCGGCAUGGUAUCGAUCGGAUCUGACGGCUCUGGUGACGGCAUGUCGCAUGGCAGCAACGCGCAUCUCCGAGCUGGCCACCCGCUUCGGAACCGAGGUGUAUCUAGCUGCCUGUCAGGAACUUCUAGAUCGGAAUCGGAAUGGUCUAGCCAAGAUUGUUGAGCGUCAAUUUGACGAUAAACUCAGCACAUUUACCGACUUCGUCGACGACGACGGCCAUGGCGUCGGACCCUGGGCCGUAACAUGUUCGAUGCAGAAAACCAGCGCUGGGGGGUUAAAUUUCGACUGGAGUGGUACUUCUCCCCAGAGCGAGCACAGCAUCAACUUUUAUCUCUCAGAGACCAUGUUCAAGAUGCUGGUGGGAUACUACCUCAUAGCCGCUGCCGCACCGGGAACAGUCAUCAACGACGGGUUUCACGAUCUCAUUGAAGUGCAUAUCCCCGAAGGCACCGUUCUAAAGCCAGUCCGGCCCGCCCCAAUUUCUUGUCGCACUCACUUCCUAGGCCGGACCAUGGACGUGAUCCAAGCGCUGAUCGGGCAGAAGAACGAUGCCUAUGUAGCGGCAGCUGGAUUCAGCGACUCGCCCCAUUUCUUCUACUCCGGAUACUACUCCACUGGGGAAUGGUAUCAACUAUAUCAGAUUGGCUUUGGCGGGGUUCCGGCUCGAGCAGCAGGCGAUGGAUUGGACUGUCAUUGCUUGUUCCCCGCCAUCAAGUCAAUUCCAACGGAGAGCAUCGAGCUGAAUUACCCCCUUCGGAUUGAAGCAAACGAGAGCGUCGCGGACAGCGGUGGGCCGGGAUACUUCCGAGGAGGCAAUGCACAACGAACCCUCUAUCGAUUCCUAGCGAGAGGGGAGAUCAGUUUGCAUGAUGAUCGGUGGUUCACGAAGCCAUGGGGUCUCAAAGGGGGAAAACCGGGACAACGUUCGCGGAAGAUCUUAUAUCGGUACUCUCGCAGUGCCGAUAGUCCAGUUACGGAGACCCUGCCGUCAAAAUGCGACCAUGUACGAGUGGAUCCGGGGGAUUUGUUAGAAUGGGUGACGUGGGGAGGUGGUGGGUUGGGCGAUCCCCUUACUAGACCCGCUGAGCGAGUUGCAAUGGAUGUCCGUCGGAAAUUGGUAACGGUGGAGGGUGCACGCAACGGGUAUGGUGUUUUGCUCGAUGAUGAUGGGAUGGUCUGUACUCCGGAAACAGAAGAAUUGAGGGCAAAUAUGCGGAGCCUUUUGACAGAUGGCAUCAUCUAUGACCGCGGAGGCAGUCUGGACGAGCUGCAGAAGUCAUGUUUACAAGAGACGGGGCAGCAAGCCCCGACUCCAUUGUGGGAAACUGAGCCAUAUGGACCACACAUGGGCCUGGAGUAUGUGAAGCAGUGGUAUGCCACGAAGCAGGAGGAGAGGGGGUGGGAAUUGGAGUAA